UAUUAAUGAUUUCUUCUCUGCAGCCAAGCACACUUUGUCAGCCAAUGAUAGCAAAACAAAAGAGACGGCAACAAGCGUUGAUGGUCCAAGUAGCAGGAAGCAAAGAAAACUGACUGAAAAAAAAGUAAAAAAUGUGGAUAAACCACAUUACACAAGGUGGCUUAUGAAAUCUGAACCAGAAUCCCGGAUACAAAAUGGCAUUGAUGUGAAGUUUGGUAUUGAAGAUCUUAAAAGUGAAAAGAAUCAGACUGCGUGCUGGGAUGGUGUGAGAAAUUAUCAAGCACGUAAUUUCAUGCGUGAUCAAAUGAAGAAAGGACAGAAAGCAUUCUUCUAUCAUAGCAACUGC